GCUCUUAACAGGGUCUCCAUUCUGCCAACUCAUAUUUCUGCUGUCAGAUUCUAACCGGCCCUCUCCUCUUGAUUCGAGCUCUAUGACUGUGUGACCUAAAUCCUAGAAUUGGAUCCAGCAUUCUGUCUCGUUAACUCCUAGUCAAUUAUCAAUAAACCUCAAUCAAAUAGUAAAGAUCUAUAAGUCUCUGAACUUCACUGCUAAGAAAGAUGAUUAAUUUACUGUUCUUAGUGAUUGUCUUGGAGAUGGCACUGAUAAUGGUACUGCUAUUUAAGACCCCUUUAAGGAAGCUGGUGAUCAUGGGCUUGGAUCGGCUGAAGCGGGGCAGAGGACCCUUAAUGGUGAAGUCCGUUGCCGGAACAAUUAUCGUCGUUUUGCUUUCCACUGUUUACAGCAUGAUGGAGAUUUGGAAGCGUGGGAUCGAAAAUGGAGCUGCAAAUCCUACUGAUCAGGUUCUUAUGGGGCGGCACCUUCUUGAAGCUACUCUUAUGGGUUUUGUGAUUUUCCUCGUAUUUAUGGUUGACAGACUGCACCAUUACAUAAGAGAACUUCGAAUGCAAAGAAAGAGCGUGGAGGCUAUUAAGAAUCAAGUACGAGGGCCCGAAGACGAAAAAAUUGCAAGUCCAGAAGAAAUGAAAGACUUGGAAGAAGAGUCAGCCAAGUUGAGAGCAGAACUUGAACGAUUGGAAUCUGAACUUGUAUCAAAAACAGAAGAUGUCAAAGUUGCAGAAGCCAAUGCAGUUGCUCUGAGGAAACAAUCCGAGGGGUUCCUUCUUGAGUAUGAUCGCUUGCUCGAAGAAAACCAGAACCUCCGCAACGAACUUGAUUCAUCUGAUCGCCGAUUCUCACACUCAGGUGGCAAGAAGAACAUAUAAAGGACACAUUUUCGGGCGCACUCUUCUUGAGUACCAUGGCACUAUGCUGACAAGAGGCUAUCAAUCUUUCCCAACAAUGUUCUUCAAGAGAAGUUUUU